AUGUCUCAACCAAUUCCCCUCUCUCGUUUGAGGUCACCCGCAUCAAGUUUUCUCACUGAGGAGCCUCAACAAUCUUCCCCGAGAGAUGUCGAAGACAUGUUCCCAAGUACCCCAUUAUUCGACGAGCCACCAAACGCCAUAACAUCACCGUGGAAGCGUGCCCUUUUCGACUUGCUCGAAUGUCCAACAUCAUCUUCGGCGGCCUUUCUCGUUCACUUUGCGUCGACUUCUCUCAUUGUAUUUUCUGCCAUAGUUACGAUUCUGGAGACUGUACAAAGUUUUCACUCUAUCUCUCCUCGCGUAUGGUUUGGUCUAGAAACAAGUCUCGUGCUUCUUUUUACUGUAGAAUACUGCGCGCGCUCCGUGGCAUGGAGCUCAUCUUGGGUUUCACUGGCUAAAUGGAUUAUCUCCUUCUAUGGCGUUAUUGACAUGCUGGCUAUACUACCCUACUACAUUGAGAUAAUGCUGCAACAAGAUACCUCUGUCCUGUUCCGCUUCUCCAUUCUGCGCAUGUUUCGACUAUUGCGGGUCUUCAGGCCGUUCCGAUACAAUAGCACCAUACUGCUAACCAUCGAGGUCAUGUAUCUAGCUAUUCGUAGAUCGCACCAUGCAUUGCUUGCACUGAGCUUUUUUAUUGCAAUGGUGUUAACUGUCUUCAGCACGCUGCUAUAUUUCGCAGAGCGUGGGACCUGGGACGAUAUUCUAGAAACGUUCAUUAAUUCAGACGGUGACCCCACUCAGUUCCAAUCUAUACCCGCAGCUGCUUGGUUCGUGCUAGCCACAAUUACUACAGUAGGUUAUGGAGAGAUCACACCUCGUUCUAUCCUCGGGCGUUUGAUCACGGUUCCUCUUCUCGCAUUUGGUUUGCUUCUUAUUGCCCUUCCGAGCUUCGUUCUCGGCAGAGAAUUUAGUCUAGUUUGGGAACAGAUGACCCAUGACGAGGGCGUAACACGAGAACCAGACACGGCUGCGGCUUCUUUUGGUCACCACCAACUAGACUUUCAACCUUUAGAGCCACUAAAAGACCUUUCCAAUCGCAAGCUCGCUCAAAAUCAAACUGAGCUGAGUCAGCAGAUAUCGGAACUACGAGCGACGGUGGAAAUGCAGGGCGAAAUGAUCAGGGAGUUACUUGGAUAUCUUCAUGCGGAGGGAAAAGCAAAAGGGAAGCGCAGGGAAAAUGCGGUUGGGAAUGCUGUGAACUAA